AUGUUGGUAUCAUUAUUUGCUCUAUAUGUGUCCAAAAAACCCGCGUCACAACGAAUGAGUUUUGGUUGGCAUCGUGCUGAAGUAAUGGGUGCAUUCAUUUCCGUUUUUAUGAUUUGGAUCAUAACCGGAAUAUUAGUUUAUAUGGCAAUUGAUCGAAUCACUAGAGGUUCAUAUCAUAUUGAUGCAUCUAUUAUGGCAAUUACCGCUGCACUUGGUGUUAUCGUUAAUUUUAUUAUGGCAAUUUUGCUUUAUUUUGGUGGACAUACACAUUCUCAUAGUGGUCAUGCGCAUUUGUCGCACUCUACAAAUUCGGCUAAUAGCACGAACAUUAACGUAAGAGCAGCAAUGAUUCAUGUUAUCGGUGAUUUAUUGCAAAGUAUUGGAGUGCUUAUUGCUGCAUUACUUAUUUUUUUCAAUGAUUCGUGGUCUAUUGCAGAUCCAAUUUGUACGAUAAUUUUUUCAAUCAUUGUCCUUUGUACGACAAUUUACAUUGUUCGAGAUGCAAUGUUUGUCCUACUUGAAGGUUCACCAUCAAACAUUAAUUUUCGUACCGUAUUUGAUUCAUUGGAGCAAAUUAAUGGCGUUGAAAAAGUGCAUAAUUUACGAAUAUGGUCAUUAACGCUUGAUAAGAUAGCGAUAAGUGUACAUUUGGAAAUUACACCAGGCGCAAAUGCCCAAUGGAUUUUAAAACAAACAACGCAAAUGUUACGAGAUCAAUAUAAUGUGAUGGAAAGUACAGUACAAAUUGAGGGUUAUAAUCCGGAAAAGCAAGAUUGCAAUCGAUGCAUACCGCCACCUUUAUAA